CUUGGAUUCUUGACGGGACCCUCUGAAAAGCCAUCCACUGGCUGGACACACAAGGAAGCAGAGAUGCAAAUUGGUCCCCAGCCUGAUGAGUGGAGCAGGGCAUGGAAGCCUGGGGAUGGGGGUGCUGCCCCGCUGGCCCUCUCCCCAGCACUGCCCUUCCUUCUUCUCCUCCCACUGGCCAGUGCCCUCCAGCCCACUCCACUGCCCUUUCCAGAGCUGAGGCUGGUGGGGGGACCAAGCCGCUGCCGAGGACGCCUGGAGGUCAUGCACAGCGGCUCCUGGGGCAGUGUUUGCGAUGAUGACUGGGACGUUGUAGAUGCCAACGUGGUGUGUCGUCAGCUGGGCUGUGGCCUGGCGCUGCCAGUGCCGCGGCCGCUCGCCUUUGGCCAAGGCCGAGGCCCUAUUUUCCUGGAUAACGUGGAGUGUCGGGGGCAGGAAGCUUCUCUGAGCGAGUGUGGCAGCAGAGGCUGGGGUGUCCACAACUGCUUUCACUAUGAAGAUGUGGCGGUCCUGUGUGAUGAGUUCUUGCACACACAGCCCCCGACAAAGAAGGUGUUGACCAGUGCAGCACCCCCCACAGCCCUCCAAAAUGGAAAAGGUGAGGGUAGCGUGCGCCUGGUGGGCGGCGCUGGCCCAUGUCAAGGCCGAGUGGAGAUCCUGCAUGGCGGCCUGUGGGGCACUGUAUGCGACGAUGACUGGGGGCUGCCGGAUGCUGCUGUAGUGUGCCGCCAACUGGGCUGUGGGGCCGCCUUGGCCGCCACCACAAAUGCCUUUUUCGGCUAUGGCACCGGGCACAUCUUGCUGGACAACGUGCACUGCGAAGGUGGAGAGCCCCACCUGGCAGCCUGCCAGAGCCUGGGCUGGGGCGUGCAUAACUGUGGGCACCACGAAGAUGCUGGGGCCCUGUGUGCAGUGCCAGGCCCUCCAACUUUCACAGCACUGCCUCCCUCUGCCACGAAAGAAGACUGGGCGUGGCACACUGAGCCAGCAGCUACAGGAGUUGCUGCCCUGCCUUCCAGGGAUACCGUGCGGUCGACCACGGCAGCCUGGGGCUCGGGGAGGAAAAGCGGUAAGUUGCGGCUGGUAGGCGGCCCGAGCCCAUGCCGCGGCCGCGUGGAGGUGCUGUACGCCGGGGGUUGGGGCACCGUGUGCGACGAUGACUGGGACUUCGCGGACGCGCGUGUGGCCUGUCGCGAGGCCGGGUGCGGGCCCGCGCUAGGAGCCACGGGCCUUGGUCAUUUCGGCUACGGCCGAGGCCCUGUGCUGCUGGACAACGUGGGCUGCACCGGUACCGAGGCCCGCCUCAGCGACUGCUUCCACCUGGGCUGGGGCCAGCACAAUUGCGGCCAUCACGAAGACGCCGGAGCCUUGUGCGCAGGCCCGGAGGAGCUGGGACUCCAAGUUCAGCAGGAUGGUUCUGAGACCACCCGAAUGCCCAGUCCUCGGCCCAGAGAUGGGCACCUCCGCCUGGCUAGUGGAACCCACCGAUGUGAGGGGCGUGUAGAGCUCUUCCUGGGACAAAGGUGGGGUACUGUUUGUGAUGAUGCCUGGGACCUACGGGCAGCCAUUGUCCUGUGCCGUCAGCUGGGAUGUGGCCAGGCUCUGGCAGCCCCUGGCGAGGCCCACUUUGGCCCAGGCAGAGGCCCCAUCCUCUUGGACAAUGUCAAAUGCCGAGGAGAUGAGAGUACCUUGCUCCUCUGCUCUUAUAUCCGCUGGGAUGUCCACAACUGUGACCACAGCGAGGAUGCCAGUGUCCUGUGCCAGCCAUUGUGACACAGCUAACUCUGCACUUCAUAUCAUGUCAAAGGAGCCUGUGGGGAACUGCCCGUCAUUUUCCAGGAUACCCUCCUACGAUUUCUGCAGUUCCUGGUGCCCCUUUCUCCCCUUGCAUGGGGGAUCUGCACUGUAAUACCCUGCCUCCAUCUUCUUACUGUACGGUUGUUACCUG